AUGUCUUCUAAAAAACAAGAAGGAAAUUCUUUGAAUGGAAACAUACAAUAUGCACCUUUAGAUUUAAAGCCUGAAGAACAAACAUUUUACGAAGGAAACAAAUUCAAUACUAAGGUGACUGUUCCCAUAGGAUACAAUAUUAAUACUUAUGCCAACACUUAUUUAGAAUUAGAUCAAAGAAAAAAGAAUAAUAUAGAACCACAUCUUGAAGAUGAUGAUAAACUUAAAGGGCAAACACAGGAAUCGUUUGUGUAUGGACACAAUAUUAAAAUACCGCAAGCAAUCAAUUCUUAUCAAGCAUAUAAUGUAUUAUACAAAAGUGAUAAUGAAUAUACGACAAAAGUUUCCCAAAAUCAGGAUAAUUUCAUCGAUCCCUAUCUUCAAUAUGAUAAACUUGAACAAGAGACCGAAAAAACAUUAACAAAAUCAAAUGGUAAUGGUGUUGAAAUAGACGAUUAUAAACAGUUAGACAAUUCUCCACAAACAAACAAAAUAUAUGCUGCAAAUAUACUCAAAACUGAAAAAGUGCUAUCUGAAAAGGAAUCACCGCUCAUUCAACCGCAAAUGCUACACGCAAGACCGUAUAGACUUCACCUAAAUGUAGCACGUGCUUACAAUAUUAUACACGCACCUAAUGGAAAGGCUAGACUUUUUAACAAAAAUCCAUCGCGUUCUCAGGCACUUUUACAUAAAUCAGAUUCAACUCACUUAUUGGAGUGCUCUGGAAAAGAAAGAACUAAACUACUUGCAGUACCGAAUAAGUUAAUAAAACGCAGAAUGUUAAAAUAA